AAAAAAAAAAAGAAGAGUAAGAAGAAGAAGAAGAAGAUGGAAGCAACGAACGAUCGUGCAAGUGAGGUAAAAGCUUUCGACGAGAUGAAGAUCGGCGUCAAGGGUCUCGUCGACGCCGGAGUUACUCAGAUCCCACGUAUCUUCCAUCACCCACAUCUCAAUUUAACCGACUCAAAUCUACUUCUUUCCUCUACAACGAUGGUUAUCCCAACAAUCGAUCUCAAAGGAGGCGUGUUCAACGAGUCCACAGUCACGCGAAAGAACGUGAUCGCGAUGAUCAGAGACGCGGUUGAGAAGUUCGGGUUUUUCCAGGUGAUCAACCAUGGGAUUCCUAUUGAUGUUAUGGAGAAGAUGAAAGAUGGGAUUCGUGGGUUUCAUGAGCAAGACUCAGACGUGAGGAAAAAGUUUUAUACUCGUGACAUCACCAAAAAGGUUAAGUAUAACAGUAAUUUCGAUCUCUAUAGCUCACCUUCAGCUAAUUGGAGAGAUACCUUGAGUUGUUUUAUGUCCCCUGAUGUUCCUAAAACAGAGGACUUACCAGAUAUUUGUGGGGAAAUUAUGUUGGAGUAUUCGAAACGAGUGAUGAAACUAGGGGAACUAAUCUUUGAGCUUUUAUCUGAAGCUUUAGGGUUGGAUCCUAACCACUUAAAAGAAAUGGAUUGCACAAAAGGUUUAUUGAUGCUUUCUCAUUAUUACCCGCCUUGUCCUGAGCCUGAUCUUACUUUCGGUACAAGUCAGCAUUCAGACAGAUCUUUUCUAACUAUUCUUCUUCAAGAUCACAUUGGUGGGCUACAAGUUCUUCAGAAUGGUUAUUGGGUCGAUGUUCCUCCUGUUCCAGGAGCUCUUCUCCUUAUGACGAAUGACAAGUUUUUGAGCGUGGAGCAUAGAGUUUUGGCUAAUAGAGGGGAAGAACCGCGGAUCUCAGUCGCAUCUUUCUUUGUGCAUCCUUUACCGAGUUUGCGAGUUUAUGGACCGAUAAAAAAGCUUUUGUCUGAGCAAAACCUUCCCAAGUAUAGAGACACUACCGUCAGUGAGUACACAAACCAUUACAUGGCGAGAGGGCUCGAUGGGAAGUCUGUGUUGCUUGAUUUCAAGAUCUGAUAAGAAGAACUGACAUAUCUUUGCUCUUCUACGGGCUUUCACUUGAUUGUUCCGUACGUUAUGAAAGAAAGUUUAUCGCCCACAUCGGUAAUAAUCCAAAUUAAUAUUG